UAUUCCCAAAUCCUCCCAAAUGAUUCCCAAAUGAAUGAAAAUAAUUUGAGUGAAAAAUAACAAUUUUAUCUGCUAAGUAUACGGAGCUUUAGCAGCAUUUUAUAAUAUCAGUCAGUUACAUCUAAGAAUCUUCUAAAAAUGGCGAGUAAGUCAUUUCAAAACGUUAAUACUGAUUUAUUUGUCAGUGAAGAACAAAUAAAUAGAAACAAAUUAAACGAAUUAAAUACAGAAGUGAUUAUUAAAAAUGAAAUAUUUGAUGUGAGUGAAAGUGAUUCAAUAGAUUAUAAAGAACCAUUCAAAGGUGGACAUGAAGGAAUUAAAGAAGAGGGAAUACUUGAAGAAACUGAAAUUAAAAUGGAGAAUGAACGAAUUAAACUUGAACAACAAUUAAAUACUGAAUUAAUUAUUAAAGAUGAAAUAUUUGAUGGAAAUGAUUUAGAAUUUCAUUCGACUGAAAAUGAAGAAACAUCUUUAACAUGUGAAGUGUGUGAUAAAACUUUUAAUAAAAAACACCAUUUAACUAGCCAUAAACGAACUCAUACUGAUAAAAAACGUUUUUCAUGUGAACUGUGUGAUAAAUCAUUUAAUUAUAAAAUCGACUUAAUUCGGCAUGAACGAAUUCAUACAGGUGAAAAACCAUUUUCAUGUGACAUAUGUGAUAAAACAUUUACGCUUAACAGUAAUUUAACUACCCAUAAACGAAUUCAUACAGGUGAAAAACCUUUUUCAUGUGAAAUGUAUGAUAAAUCAUUUAUUAAUAAAAUCAACUUAAUUCGGCAUGAACGAAUUCAUACCAAGGAAAAACCUUAUUCAUGUGAAAUAUGUGAUAAAACAUUUACGGCGAACAGUCAUUUAACUACCCAUAAACGAAUUCAUACUGGGGAAAAACCUUUUUCAUGUGAAAUAUGUGAUAAAACAUUUACGGUGAACAGUUAUUUAACUACCCAUAAACGAAUUCAUACAGGCGAAAAACCUUUUUCAUGUGAAAUAUGUGAUAAAACAUUUACGUGGAAAAGUAAUUUAAUCAGGCAUAAACGAACUCAUAACGAAGAUAAAUCUAAAUUGUAAAAUAAAAAUACCUAUAAAAUUUAUUUAAAGGAAUAACGUGAGGAAGCACACUUGAGGAAGCUGGGGCGAGGCGAAGUAUUUAAUGGUCCAAAUGUAUGGAGGUUUAAGAACAAAAAUUCCAUCGAAUCAAAUUUUAAUAAUAAUUGUCAUACUAACAUUUAUUGUCAUAAAAACCGUUGAAUAUUAUGAAAAAAGUGAAUAAAUAUUGCGCGAUAAUAAAAUUGAUUUAUAUUUAUUUGAUUUUCUUGAAGUUGAAGUUUUAUGAUAAAAAAAUCUUGCACACACUGUAAUAUGAAAUUAAUACGAAUGUCAAGUUGGUACUACUGAUACUGUUUAUAUCAUGGUAUAAGUAUUGGGAUCUGACAUACGGGCGGGGCUAAAAAAACAUGGCUGACAUAAAGUGACAAAUUUUAAUAAUAACGUAGCAAUACAUAUUCUUUAUGCAAUUUUUCAAGAAGAGAAUGAUUAAUAUUAAUGAAAUUUGUUGUUGGGGAUAAAUAAAACCGAGUAAUCGUAAUUUUACUGAAUAUGAAAGACUUUUAAA